CAGCCCAAGGCGGCAAGCGAAGCAAAGCAAGCAACAGGGAGUCGCACAGCAGCAUUGCACGAGACCUUGGAGCUAAGGCCGCGCCGUACAGCAAAGCCCUUGCUUGCUCUCUCUUGUCGUUGCCAGCUCCUCUUCGCUUGCGGCGAAGCUUAAUCCCGGCCCUCCGCGAAAGAACGACCGCACCGGCAGCUAGCUAGCUAGCUAGCUCGACGGCAGCAAUGGAGGUCAAGGUGCUGAGCUCCAAGCUCGUGAGGCCCGCCUACAAUGCCGGCGCGGACCCAGCGCCGGCGGCGGGGGGCGAGUACAUCCCGCUGUCCGUCUUCGACCGGGUGACGUACAAGAUGCAGAUGGCCAUCAUCUACGCGUUCCCGCCGCCGGCGCCGUCCACGGCGGCCGUCGAGAAGGGGCUCGCCGCGGUGCUGGCCGAGUACCGCGCCUUCGCGGGGCAGCUGGGGGAGGCCCCCGACGGCACCCCCGCGCUGCUGCUCAACGACCGCGGCGCGCGCUUCGUGGAGGCCGAGGUGGAUGCCGACCUCGUGGACAUGGCGCCCGCCAAGCCCACCCCGGAGCUGCUGCGCCUGCACCCGGACCUCGAGGGGGACCUCCAGGAGGUGGUGCGCCUGCAGCUCACCAGGUUCCGCUGCGGCUCACUAGCCGUGGGGUUCACGUCCAACCACGUCGCCGCCGACGGCCACGCCACCAGCAACUUCCUCGUCGCGUGGGGCCGCGCCACCAGGGGCCUCCCCACGGGCCUGCCCCCCGUGCACCACCAGGCGGGGCUCUUCAAGCCGCGCGCCUCGCCCCGCGUCGAGUUCGACCACCGCAGCAGGGAGUACCGCCUGCCGUCGCCCGCCGACGAGCAGCACGGCCACGGCGAGGGCGCCGCCGCCGAUAACAUCGUGAUCCACAAGGCGCACUUCACCAAGGACUUCAUCGCGGCGCUCCGCGGCAAGGCGUCGGAGGGCCGCGGCCGCCCGUUCAGCCGGUUCGAGACGAUCCUGGCCCACCUGUGGCGCACCAUGACGCGCGCCCGCGGGCUGAACCCCGAGGAGACCUCGCAGAUCCGCCUCUCCGUGGACGGGCGGCACCGGCUGGGCCUCCCCGCCGAGUACUUCGGCAACCUGGUCCUGUGGGCGUUCCCGACGGCGACGGUGGCGGACCUCCUGGGUCGGCCGCUGCGGCACGCGGCGCAGGUGAUCCACGACGAGGUGGCCCGCGUGGACGGCGGCUACUUCCGGUCGUUCAUCGACUUCGCGAGCUCCGGCGCGGUGGAGCGGGAGGGCCUGGCGCCGAGCGCCGUGUGCAGGGACGUGCUGUGCCCGAACGUGGAGGUGGACAGCUGGCUGACGUUCCCGUUCUACGAGCUGGACUUCGGGACGGGGAGCCCGACCUACUUCAUGCCGUCCUACUUCCCGACGGAGGGGAUGCUGUUCCUGGUGCCGUCCUACAUCGGCGACGGCAGCGUCGACGCCUUCGUCCCCGUCUUCCAGCACAACCUCGAGGCCUUCAAGGAGUGCUGCUACGCCAUGGAAUAGGAGCUGAGGGAGAAAAUAAACGAAAAAUUAAGAAGCUAGGGGCUAGUACGUGCUGCGGUUGGUGGUGGAAGUCUGCAGGGACGGGUCAACGAUUCUUUGGUUUGGUUUUGGUUGCGGCGCACGCUACGGCGUCGCUGAUUGCACCGUGCGUGUGAUUGAGAGCUGGUAGUAGUAGCUGUGACCGAGUUCUUUGUUUCCCCGCUUUCUUCUGCGUUGUUUAGUUCUUUAACGAGGUGCUUCAUUGCAUCUCGGUCGGUCGGUCGUCCGAGGGAACCAGGGGCAUGCAUCUUCGUUGUUUCAGCAUCGAGUUUUGGAGGUGUAAAUUAGUGGUGUUUUAAUCAAUCGAUGAGGGCGGGUAAUGGAAAUAAUACCGACUGGUCUUGAUAAAA